GUACAUAAAUGUACGUGUAAGUAGGUGGGUAGAAUGCAUUUAUAAAAAUAAUGGCUGACGAGUAGUGUUAUCACAUAUAAAAAGAAGUGAUUAUAUGGAUUUCACUUGUGUGAUUCAAAUCGAAUAAAGUAACAUUUUUUUAUAUAUUAAAGUACGUAAUAAAUAUGAUACAAAAUGUUACGAAUUCAACCGAUAAUAAUUAAAUAAUCGAGCAAGUUCAUCAAUUAAUCUGAAUUUCUUGCAAAAUUCAGAUCUGAAAAAAAUUUACAAUUAUAUGUAUGGAUAUAAGAAUGAAGAAAAAAGUUCAUAGAAGAAAGAUAAUGUGUUGAUCGUAUGAUCGUUUUAUUUAUCAUACAACUUCUUAUCAAACGAUUCAAUGAAGUCAUAUUGUUUAAAAGAGAAAGGAUACUUUCGGUCACGAUGCGACCUAUACGAUACAUUUCGUGUGUUUUUCUUCGAUUAAUUUAAACUAUUACCCUUUGUAUUUUAUUAAAUUUUUCUAUAUAUUAUCGAAAACGUUUGACACAAUGGUUCAUAUACCAAGUGCGUAUACUUACAAUUUUUGGGCGAAAUCACCCACAGAAGUUGUUGAACUUACUUGUUUAAUGCCAAAUGGGGUCGUUAUACCCUUGGAAACUAAUCGCAAUAUUACUUUGGCCGAAAUUAAAGAGGUAGGUUGAAGCCAGCAAAUAUCCUCUUCAUGGUACAUUAAAAGAUGCUCCGUCCUAUGUAUUUUCAUGUAUUAACUCGAAUGCAGAAGCGGAAGAAUUACGAGAUGAAACUAGACGUUUGUGCGAUAUUAAACCAUUUUGUUCUGUGCUUAAAGUUAUAGAGCGUGAAGGUGUUAAAAGUGAUAGAAAUUUAGAUUCUCGAAUUGGUGUUCUUAUUGGCAAAGGAUUACACGAGUUUACGGCAUUAAGAAAUUCUGAAGUAAAUGACUUUAGGUGGAAAAUGAGAGUUUUAGGAGAUGAAGUUGCAAUGGCAAGACAAAAAAAAUCUUGGAUGGAAAAAGUACGUUAUCAAUUUCCUACACGAUUAGCACCAACUGCCACAAUACCAAAAAAUAUCGAAUGUCGAUUAAAAGAUGGAAAUAUCGUUCUUGUUACUAAAUUUGAAAAUACAGAGACAGCCUUCACAUUUCAAAUAUCGCACAGUACGACGCCAUAUCAAUUAUUGGUAUCUAUAUUAAAUAAACGAGCAAACACUUUAAUGUCCAAAGGACAUCCAAAUGACUUUACUCUAAAGGUUUGUGGCCAGGAGGAAUAUUUAAUAGGAGAUUAUCCUUUAAUACAGUUUAGUUAUAUUCAAGAUUGUGUAGCGAAAGAUAUUACUCCUACAUUGGUCACUCUAAGCAGAGAUAGCGUCUCUGUUGAUCAGGAAAAUACUUCAGAAAAUAUAGAGGCAGAUACUUUGCAACGUACAAGACCGUCUUUUUCCACGCUAACCUUACGCAAAAAGGGUAAACAUGUAUCUGCUUGGAAAAUAGAGGAACCAUUUGUUUUCACUGUCAAUGCGAUAUCACGAUUAAACUGCGAUGCGGCUCAUCGCACCGUUGAGAUUGGUCUCCAAGCCGGUCUUUUUCAUGGUGGGAAAUCUUUGUGCGAAAGUCAAAAGACUAAAGAAACUGUCGUCAAUUCUGACGGUAGUUGCGAAUGGGAAGAAACUUUAAAGUUUGAUAUAAAAGUACGAGAUAUACCGCGAAUGGCUAGGCUGUGUUUUGUUUUAUAUGAAAUUAGUAAGACUGCGAAAGGAUUGAAAAGUCGUAGAUUAGUUAAAGAUACCAAACAAGAGUUUUUUAUAAAUCCGUUGUGCUGGGCUAACACGACUAUAUAUGACUUUAAAUCACAAUUAAAAACGGGAGCGAUGACGUUAUAUACGUGGACAUAUGCCGAGGAUAUGCAAAAUGAUGAUCUUCUGCAUCCUCUGGGAACGGUAGUGUCAAAUCCUCAUAUAGAUAGAGCGGCUGCUUUAAUGUUAACAUUUCCAAACUAUGGGAAAGAGAAGUCGGUUCUUUAUCCUACUCCGGAGAAAAUGGUGGAAUACGCGAGAAAGUUGCGAGAAUCGUCUACCGAACGUUCGAUUCAAGAAGAACCUAAUCAAGAAUCUGAUGUUGGUAAGCAGCAACUUGAACAACUUCGAUUAUUAGCGGACAGAGAUCCAUUACACGAGCUUCACGAACAAGAACGAAAGAUAAUGUGGACGUUAAGGCAUCAUUGUCUUCUUGAAAUUCCCACGCUCUUGGCCAAGUUGUUGCACUGCGUGGAAUGGAAUGAUCAUAGGGAAGUAGCUGAAGCUACGGCGCUGGUGCAACAGUGGCCCAAAUUAUCCGUCGAAAAGGCACUUGAAUUAUUGGAUUAUGCUUAUGCUGAUCAAAAUGUUCGAAGUUUUGCUGUACGUUGUUUAAUGGAUGUCAGUGACGAGGAUUUGAGCCUUUAUCUAUUGCAAUUGGUACAAGCGUUAAAACAUGAAAAUUAUUUAUCCUGCGAUUUGACGGAGUUUCUACUGAGACGCGCGCUUAACAAUCGAAGAAUCGGUCAUUUUUUAUUUUGGCAUCUUAGAUCAGAGAUGCAAGUGGGUGCUGUGUCUGUUCGCUUCGGUUUAAUAUUAGAAGCGUAUUGUAGGGGAAGUCAGCAGCAUAUGCGGUCACUAUUUAAACAAAUGGAAUGUUUGGGUAAAUUGAAAAGUGCUUCCGAACAAAUAAAACAGAGAAAAGACCGGAAAGCUGCGUUACAAGGUUUUCAAGAAUUUAUUCAAGAACCUCAUUGUCAAGAUGCCCUAUCAAACGUUUUAAAUCCAUUGGAUCCGAGUUUCCGAUGGAAACGCAUUAAAAUUGAAAAAUGUAGAGUAAUGGAUAGUAAAAUGCGACCACUUUGGCUAGUUUUUGAAAAUGCCGAUCCAUUCGGUGACGAUAUUUACUUGAUACUCAAACACGGAGAUGAUUUGAGACAAGAUAUGCUUACGCUACAGAUGCUACGAAUCAUGGAUAAACUUUGGAAGAGAGAGGGUUUGGAUUUACGUAUGAAUCCUUACGGUUGCAUAUCAACGGAAAAUAGAGUCGGUAUGAUCGAAGUGGUUUUAAAUGCGGAAACAAUUGCAAAUAUCCAAAAGGAAAAGGGAACUUUUUCGGCAACAGCUGCUUUUAGACGAGGAUCUUUGCUUGCUUGGCUAAAAGAUCAUAAUCAUACCGAAGCAGCAUUGAAUAGAGCUAUCGAGGAAUUUACUUUGAGUUGCGCGGGUUAUUGUGUGGCUACGUAUGUUCUUGGAAUUGCCGAUAGACAUUCGGAUAAUAUAAUGGUGAAGAAAACGGGGCAAUUAUUUCAUGUUGAUUUUGGUCAUAUACUUGGACAUUUUAAAGAGAAAUUUGGAUUCAGACGUGAACGUGUACCUUUUGUGUUAACCAAUGAUUUCGUGCAUGUAAUAAACAAGGGUCAAACAAAAAAAGGUCAAGCAGUUGAAUUUCAACGAUUUCAGAGUCAUUGUGAACAAGCUUUUCUCGUUCUACGGCAACACGGAGGACUAAUAUUGUCCUUGUUUGCUAUGAUGAUAUCAACGGGAUUACCUGAAUUAUCAUCGGAAAAAGAUCUUAAUUAUUUAAGAGAUACUUUGGUACUCGAGAUGUCCGAAAGUGAGGCACAAAAGCAUUUUAGGAGUAAAUUUGAUGAAGCUCUUUGCAAUUCGUGGAAAACUUCAUUAAAUUGGGCCUCUCAUAAUAUGUCCAAAAACAAUAAAACAACAUGAAUAAACGAACGAUUGGAUAAAAUAUAAAUAUGGAACAAAUAAGUGAAUCCGAUUGUUCUGCUUAUAGACAAACGAGAGAGUAUUAUCGCAUCAAUAAUUUACGUUUAAAUUACGUGGAAAAUUGAAAGCCGAUGAUAGAUAUUUUCUUCGAAAAAGAAUACGUUCGAUAUAAAGAAAGAUAAAAUGAUCUAACGUUUUUGAUCAUCAGUAAUUAUCUUUCUCGUUGCUGUGCGACAGUAACGCGUGUACGCGUGCGCACUCUUAUCGUGACUAUCAUCCCUCACUCCUUUCUCUCUCUCUCUUUCUCUUUCUACCUUGAACAUUUUUACCACGCGCACGCGCAUAUGCAAAUAUUCAAUUCUUUAUUGUACAUUCAUACGCUAUAUCUUUACUCUCCUCCCUCUUUGCCACAUUUUUAAUAGGUGGGUGGAAAAUAGAAGCAGAAUACGUAUAUAGUACAUAUCAUUGGUUGACAUUGCGAGCGCGAAAUUCUCAUAAACAGAACAGAGACGAGUAUUUCUUUGAAAGGAAUGUUUCACUCAUAAGACAUUUCACUCGUCGUAUUAGAUUAUCGCAGUAUCGUGGCUGUGCCGUUCUACCAGCACUCUUUAUAAUCUUUACCAGAUUGUAAUAAGGAAUGUUCGAAGGAUUGAUGAAAAAUUCUCGAUAAUCCUUAAAAUUUCCGAAUCUUAAAAUAUUAUUAUAUCGAUUGUAAUAAACGAAGUUAUUCUUCA